CCGUCCCCACCACCAUGUCCUCCUGCGCCGAGGUGCUCCGUUUCCAGUUGCCGGGUCACGAAGCGGCCGCUUUGAGGAGCAUGAACCGGUUGAGGGCGGAGGAAAGGUUUUGCGACGUCACCAUCGUGGCCCGGAGUUUGCGAUUUCGGGGCCACCGGGUGAUUUUGGCCGCUUGCUCCCCUUUUUUGAGGGACCAGUUCCUCCUCAACCCGGCGGCCGAGUUACGGGUUUCACUGGCCCACAGCGCCCGGGUCUUGGCCGACCUCCUCCUCUCUUGUUACACCGGGGCCUUGGAAUUCGCCGGCCGGGACCUCGUUAAUUAUUUAACGGCCGCCAGUUACCUCCAGAUGGAGCACGUGGUGGAACGGUGCCGAGGAGCUUUGGCUCGCUUCAUCCAACCCCCUCCAUCAUCAUCAUCUUCCUCAUCGUCUUCCUCUUCUUCCGCCACCCGGCGUCACCCCGUCGUCUCCUUACCCCCCAAAACCGAAGAGGAGGAGGAGGACGAGGAAGAAGAAGACGCCGCCCCCGACGACGUCUGCAUCGUCAAGGUGGAGCCGGCGCCCUCCGCCCAAGAGAGGAGGAGGAGGAGGAGGAGGAGGAUGAUGAUGGUGGCCCCGCCGCCUCCUCCUCCUCCUCACCCUCCUCCCUUCGGGGUGGUCAAGGCUUGUUACAGUUUGGCCGAAGACGCCGAAGGAGAAGGAGUCCUCAUUUUCCCCGGCGGGGGGGUGGCGGAGGAGCUGGGGGGCUUCCACCCUCCUCCAUCCUCAUCCUCUUCUUCAUCCUUGGCCCCUUUGACAUCAUCGGCGGGGCCGGCGUCUUCCUCAGCGGCGGCGGGGUCUUCCUCGUUGGCCCCGGGGUCUUCUUCGGCGGCGCCGGGGUCGUCCCCCUUGACGCCGCCCUCUUCUACGUUGGCUUCGGGGGCUUCCUCGUUGGGUUGUGGGGCCUCAUCGUUGGGUUCUGGAGCUUCAUCGUUGGGUUCUGGGUCUUCAUCGUUGGGUUCUGGGUCUUCGUCGUUGGGUUCUGGAGCUUCAUCGUUGGGUUCUGGGUCUUCAUCGUUGGGUUCUGGGUCUUCGUCGUUGGCUUCGGGGUCUUCCUCGUUGGCUUCGGGGUCUUCCUCGCGUAGACCGGAGAGCUUGGGUGCCCCCAUGGACCAUGGACUCUCCUUACCCCCCAAAACCGAAGAGGAGGAGGAGGACGAGGAGGAAGAAGACGCCGCCCCCGACGACGUCUGCAUCGUCAAGGUGGAGCCGGCGCCCUCCGCCCAAGAGAGGAGGAGGAGGAGGAGGAGGAGGAUGAUGAUGGUGGCCCCGCCGCCUCCUCCUCCUCCUCACCCUCCUCCCUUCGGGGUGGUCAAGGCUUGUUACAGUUUGGCCGAAGACGCCGAAGGAGAAGGAGUCCUCAUUUUCCCCGGCGGGGGGGUGGCGGAGGAGCUGGGGGGCUUCCACCCUCCUCCAUCCUCAUCCUCUUCUUCAUCCUUGGCCCCUUUGACAUCAUCGGCGGGGCCGGCGUCUUCCUCAGCGGCGGCGGGGUCUUCCUCGUUGGCCCCGGGGUCUUCUUCGGCGGCGCCGGGGUCGUCCCCCUUGACGCCCCCCUCUUCUACGUUGGCUUCGGGGGCUUCCUCGUUGGGUUGUGGGGCCUCAUCGUUGGGUUCUGGAGCUUCAUCGUUGGGUUCUGGGUCUUCAUCGUUGGGUUCUGGGUCUUCCUCGUUGGCUUCGGGGUCUUCCUCGUUGGCUUCGGGGUCUUCCUCGUUGGGUUCUGGGUCUUCAUCGUUGGGUUCUGGCUCUUCCUCGUUGGGUUGUGCCUCUUCCUCCUUGGCUUCGGGCUCUUCCUCGUUGGGUACCGCCUCGUUGUUGACGCCGCCGCCGUCUUCUUCUUCUUCCUCCUCUUCCUCUUUGACUCCACCUUCUUCUUCUUCUUCUUCUUCGGGAGCUUUUUUGACCUCGGGAGGUUCUUCGGCGCGAUGCGGGAGAUGCGGCGAGAUCUUCCAAGGGGUGGAGAAGUUGGUUUUCCACAUGAGGGCCCGCCAUUUUGUCUUCAUGUGUCCACGUUGCGGCAAACAGUUCAACCACAGCUCCAACCUCAACCGUCACAUGAACGUCCACCGGGGGGUCAAAUCUCACGGUUGCGGCGUCUGCGGCAAGAGCUUCACCCAAAAAUCCACCCUCCACGACCACAUGAACCUCCACAGCGGGGAGAGGCCCUACAGGUGCUCCUACUGCGACGUCCGCUUCGCCCACAAACCCGCCAUCAGGAGGCACCUCAAGGAGCAACACGGCAAGACCACGGCCGAGAACGUCUUGGAGGCCAGCGUGGCCGAGAUCAACGUCAUGGUGCGCUGAGGAGAAGCUGG